CAGCGGUGCAAUAAACCAAAUAUCGGCCACUCGAGUCUCGCUAAUAUCUGCAAACAGAGAGCCGCGCAGAAGAUUUUCUGAGUCAAUUAAGAUGAAUAAGUUUACCCGCAUCGCAAUCCCUCUGCGGACGGGUUUUGCGCGCCACAUGUCGCAGAUGCGAACCGUUACUCUCAUCCCAGGCGACGGUAUCGGCCCAGAGAUUUCGGCAUCAGUACAAAAAAUCUUUGAAGUGGCCGGUGUUCCUAUCCAGUGGGAGAUCGAGGACGUAACUCCUGUUCGGGGUCCUGAUGGGCGGUUCGGUAUUCCACAGCGAGCAAUUGACUCUGUGAACAAGAACAAGAUUGGCUUAAAAGGUCCCCUGGCCACUCCGAUCGGCAAAGGACAUCGUUCCCUCAAUCUUGCCCUCCGACAAGAGUUCAACCUGUACGCCAACGUCCGGCCUUGCCGCUCGAUCGAGGGUUACGAGACGCCUUACAAAGAUGUCGAUGUUGUUACGAUUCGUGAGAACACGGAGGGCGAGUAUUCUGGCAUCGAACACGAAAUUGUACCCGGUGUCGUCCAGUCUAUUAAGCUUAUAACUGAGCCAGCUUCAAACAAUAUUGCUCGCUACGCCUUCGAGUAUGCCAAAGCCAACGGUCGCGGCCAGGUGACAGCCGUGCACAAGGCAAAUAUCAUGCGAAUGUCGGACGGCCUAUUUCUACAGUGUUGCCGCGACGCUGCCGAAGCCAAUCCUGACAUCAAGUACAACGAAAUGUACCUCGACACGUUGUGUCUUAACAUGGUUCAGGACCCAUCCAAAUUUGAUGUGCUAGUAAUGCCAAAUUUGUACGGAGACAUUCUGUCCGACCUUUGCGCUGGUCUCAUCGGCGGUCUCGGGGUGACGCCUUCGGGUAACAUCGGCACGGACGGUGCGAUUUUCGAGUCAGUGCAUGGAACCGCGCCCGACAUUGCCGGCCAGAACAAGGCGAACCCCACUGCUCUGCUUCUGUCGGCAAUUAUGAUGCUCCGUUACAUGAAUCUGAACGAGUUUGCUGACCGCAUUGAGGGAGCCACCUUUAGCACGAUCAAGGAAGGCAAACAUCUCACUGCUGACCUUGGUGGCAAGGGGAGCUGCUCCGACUACACAAAUGAGAUCUGUUCGAAGGUCACGAAUUAAGUCUUUUUUCUAUUUUUGGCCGUAGCGCGCAACGCAGAUUAGUGCUAAGUUUCACACUUUUUAAACGUUAAAACCGCCAUCACUCAUUUGUAGUAGACUCACGCUGGCUUCUCAAUGACCACAAAAGACCUAUUGAAGCAAAGACAACAUAUUUUGGUAAGACUGUCGAAGGGGAUUAGACGAAAAAAAACAGCGAAGUUUUCAGAAUAGUCAAUUAAUAGUGUGUAUGGCUGUGGUGCAUGUGUCUGAUAUGGUUAUGUACCGUUGUAUCAGAAGAGUGAUUUACUUUGUCUAAGUCAGAACUAACUGUCGAAAAAGCUGAAGUUAGUGGAGCCAAAAAAGAAUGUGGCACCGAGUUGGAACUGCAAAAAAAGAACUAGGUAGUAAAUUAACAAACGUUUGUCUCCUUAGGACCGCUUCGGCGCGGUGACUGCCAUCGUUUUUCAAAGCUAGCUUUUAAGUUAUUACGAAUUUGAAGAUGCAGAAUGGAUAAUAAAUGAGAAUAGUAUAUCAAUUAACUACUAGUAUAUAAUAAAAAAUAAUAGCAGAUGAAUAAUGGAAACAAGUGACCUAGGAUUAUAAUGUGAGGCAGUUGGAGUGCGUGGGAGCGCGAUACUAUGUACGAAAGGCGGGACUCCUGCUGCGCCUCGGUGUAGAGAUGUUUUAAGUUAUUUGAAAAAUACAGGUAAAGAAAGCUUGUCAAGUGAAAGAAGAACUGCCGUCGGUUGGCUGUAAAAUAAAAGUCGGUCCACA